AUGGCUCCUCAGCCUCCCAUUCGACAAGGCAAUGCCCGGCUACUUCUUCCCCAGCUUGUAGGCCUGAACAAGUGCUUGCCUGCACACUGUCCUGCUCCUUCACGAGCCAAUCGUGCGACAGUGGGAUUGCCAUUGCCCGACAAACUGCAAGUCCAGCUCCACGUUAAGGUUGGGCAGCCAUACAUGAGUAGUAGAACGACGUAUGAGCCUCCCACUACCUUUGAUUUCUCACACAAUGAUGGAUUCGGCAAGUAA